AUGCGUCACUCCGUCUUCUCUUCAUUUUCCAUGAUCUUUCCUAUAGUUCUAACUUCUAUUCUUUCACUUGUUCAUUCAUUGACCUUAAAAUCAGAUAUUGAAGCUCUUCAAUCCCUGAAAAGUUCCGAUUUCUCAGCGGAUCCAUGUGAAAGUACAGGUGCAAAUUUUCUUGGAAUUUUAUGUUCCAUCCCUUCGGGCAAUUCAACAAGCCGAAUAGUAUCAAUUGAACUUGAUAGAGCAGGAUAUGAUGGUUUUCUAACACACAAUAUAGGAAACCUUACUGAGCUUACCUCCCUUGACCUAAGCAGAAACCGUUUUAGAGGGCCAUUACCUAAGACAUUAAAAAAUCUCAAGAAGCUAAUCCGAAUUUCUUUUUCAGGCAAUUUUUUCACUGGCAGCAUCUCAGGAUGGAUCCAUGGAUUGAACAAGGUUGAAAGAAUAGACCUCUCGAGAAACCUCCUCUCAGGUCAGAUCCCUGCCAGGAUUUCUGAACUACGAAGAUUGACUCACUUAAGCCUGUCAAAUAAUGAAUUUUCCAGAAGAAUUCCUGACAUUAAAGGAUUAUGGCAGCUCCAGACAUUAGAGCUUGGCUCCAAUAAGUUAAGCGGAAGCUUCCCAAAGCUUCCUACAAGGUUGAGAACUUUGACUUUGUCUCACAACCGGCUUUCGGGACAUAUUACAUCAUUAGAGAAUCUUGAAUAG